CUCCUCUCCUCUCCUCUCCUCUAGUCCUCUGGUCCUCCGAAUGAAUGAGCCUGCUCAGGCCUGCCUCAUCUCAUCGUCAUCAUCAUACGCCCUGCAUGCAGAGCAGAGCAGUGUCCGGCCUUGUGGUUGCUGUUGAAAUUGAAUUCACAUCAGAGGCAGAGGCCCGGUAGGUGGUCAACAUCGAAUGCACAUUCACUUGCAUACUUGCUGCUUGCAUUGGCAGGGCUGGCUGUGGUGUGGACCAGCAAGCAGAGCAGAGCAGAGAUAACCCAUGCACCCACCCAGCCUCUCCCUCCCUCUUAAUUCCAGGAGCUAGCAGUCUUCUUCUUCCCCUUGGAUUCAGCAGCCAUCCAGCUUCAGCUUCCUCCUCCUCGGAUCCUUCCUCUGCAGAUCGAGUUGCUAGCCUGCUUGCGUUGUAUCUCAAGUUGAAGCAGCUACCUCUUGCAUUGCAUUGGUCCAUCCCUCCCACUCCCAGAUAAUACAAUGCAGCAGCACACGGCGGACAGCAGCAGGAAGAAGAAGCGGAGGAGGAGGAACUGGCUGCUGCUAUCAACGAGAUCUGCUGCUCAAGAAGAAGGACAAGGAGAAGGUCAAUGCUGCUGCUCCCAGUCCCAGUCCCAGUCCCAGGGACACAAGCUGAUGAUCAUGUCCCCGCUCCUGGUCCUCGCGCUCCUCAUCCUCGCUGCUCCUCCUCUGGCGUUUGCGGCGUCGCCCCGGAGGAUGGCGAGGAUCCAGAGCCAUCUGGACAGGAUCAACAAGCCCGCCGUGCGCUCCAUACGGAGCGCGGACGGCGACACCAUCGACUGCGUGGCGGCGCAGUCGCAGCACGGUCUGGAGCAUCCGCUCCUCGAGGGGCACGCCAUCCAGACGGAGCCGCCCGAGGUGCCAAGAAGAGGAGCCUUCCGAUUCCCAGCAGCAGCAGCAGCAGCAGCUGGUGGCGGUGCAACAAAUCUGACGAAGACGACGACCAACAGCAACAACAACAACGAACGACUGGGCGCCUGGCAGACUUGGCACCACGGCGGUCACUGCCCCCGGGGCACGGUGGCCAUCCGUCGGACCACCGCCGAGGACAUGCUGCGCGCCAGGUCCGUGGCCCGCUUCGGCCGCAAGAAGAAGAAGAAUAGCAAGAGAUCCGUGGACGCCGCCCGCGCGGCCAAUGCGCCGGACGUCGUCUCCGGCAACGGCCACGAGCACGCCAUCGCGUACACGGCGCCUUCUUCGCAGCAGCAGCCGGUGUACGGUGCCAAGGCCACCAUCAACGUCUGGGAUCCGGCCAUCCAGGAAUCCAACGGCUUCAGCCUCUCCCAGCUCUGGAUACUCUCUGGCUCCUUCAACGGCUCAGACCUCAACAGCAUCGAGGCAGGAUGGCAGGUCAGCCCUGAGCUGUACGGGGACAGCAGGCCCAGGCUCUUCACCUACUGGACAAGCGACGCUUACGAGGCCACUGGUUGCUACAACGCUCUUUGCCCGGGCUUCGUGCAGACGAGCUCCCGCAUCGCCAUCGGCGCCUCCAUCUCGCCGGUGUCCUCGCCCGGCGGCGCGCAGUACGACAUGACGCUGCUGGUGUGGAAGGACCCCAAGCUCGGCAACUGGUGGCUCAGCUACGGGGACCAGCUCGUGGGCUACUGGCCCGCCCAGCUCUUCACCCACCUCUCCGACCACGCCACCAUGGUCGAGUGGGGCGGCGAGGUCGUCGACACCAGGCCCGCCGGCGUCCACACCGCCACCCAGAUGGGCUCAGGCAGAUUCGCCGCCGAGGGCUUCGCCCGGGCCAGCUACUUCCGCAACCUCGAGACGGUCGACGCCGACAACAGCCUGGCGGAGGUGCCCCUCGACGCCAUCCAGACGCUCGCCGAGAACGCCGCCUGCUACGACAUUAGAAAGGCCUACGACGACGCCGGACACUCCGGCGCCGGCUGGGGAACCCACUUCUACUACGGCGGACCGGGACACAACCCGGCAUGCCCAUGACCAUGAAUUUGAAUUUAAUCAAUUAAGCUAGCACGGACUUACUAUUUAACUGCAAGCUGUAAUUAAUUCUUGGUUUCUUCUACCUAGCUAUAUAUUGUCUGCAUGCCCAAGGAUGGCACAAGAAAGGCGGGCACAGCUCGUCGGAAUGAACCCAACAAGCCGAGCCCAAAACUCCAGCGGCCCGGUCCAUCAACGGACAUUCUUAUAAUCUCAUCUCGCACUUAGUAGCAAAACACAACAAAGAAAGAAGAAAUUUCCUCA